ACACGGUUUUGUUUACAUCCACGUCACCAGGAAACACAUGCCGUGUGUGUCAACAUCUCUUAGCUACAUCCAUGGUCAACAUGCUGAGACAGGACUCCCAAGACGCACCUCUUUUUGGUGAAGAUGACGGCGACAUCAGGCAAAGAAAGUCCAAAAUUAGACAUCCACUGGCCUCUUUCUUCCAUCUCUUCUUCCGAACAAGUGCCAUCUUGGUCUACUUACUGUGUGACAUCUUCAGCAGUCGUUUCAUUGCCUGUAUGGUCACCAUCAUCCUCCUGCUGUCAUGCGAUUUCUGGACCGUGAAGAAUGUAUCUGGCAGAUUGUUGGUGGGCCUUCGGUGGUGGAAUCAAGUGGAUGAAGAUGGAAAGAGCCACUGGGUAUUUGAGUCGAGGAAGACACACAGUCUAAACACAACGUCUGGUGCUGAGUCACGGAUCUUCUGGCUUGGACUCAUUGUAUGCCCCAUCUUCUGGAUCGUUUUUGUGUUCAGCACCAUCUUCUCCUUCAAGAUUAAAUGGCUGGCUGUGGUAAUCAUGGGCUUGGUUUUACAAUGGGCCAACCUGUAUGGCUAUGUCAGAUGCAAGGUGGGGGGAAAGUCCAGCCUGAGAAACAUGGCAAAGAACUAUCUUGGUGUCCAGCUUUUUAAACAGGCAAUGAAGAAAUCAGAGGAACCUUAAAGUUGAAGAGGAAGAGUGAAGACACAUCAGCAGUGUAAUGGACACUUUAUAUUUACUUGCUUCCUGUUGGUCUUUUCUGAGGAUGUAUGGGUUUUUGUAAUUUCACUCUUUACAAGAUUUUGAUCAAAUUGAUUUUGUAUGUUGUUUCUCCCAAUUCAUUGACUGAUGAAUUCAGGAAUAAGUGCCAAAACUUUUUGGCAGUGCGUUAGUUCAGAGCAGUUAUACUUUUGACUAAUGUAAGGUGAGCGUGAAAUGUAAUCACGAUCAAACCAUUACUUUACAUUGCUUUGUCGCAGUCCCUAAUAGGCUUUAAUUCAUCUUAAAGCAGGAGUUAAUAAUGUUAAAAGGCCUUUCUGAUGGAAUUUGUAUCAAGGCAAUGCCCUUAAUUCAAGGCAGUUUUGUUUUGUUAAAUAUGACCUUGUCGGGUAUGGUAUGGGAGAAGUUUAAAAUGUUUUGAAAUAAGUGUUACUUGGUAUGGGUUUCUUAUACAAAAACUGGUGAUUUACCACGGACUUCUCUGUGAAAUUGUUGUUUCACAGAAAAAUAAAUACAACAAUAAACGUAUAACCAUA